AUGCCUCGAGGCAAGCCAGCAGGGAGGCAGAGACGUGUGUCGUGUGUGCCUGGGGUGGGAUCCCUGGCGCGUCAGGUCAGGUCAAAACAAUUCGUUCAGUCGCCAUUCACUGGCCCUGGCCCUGCCCUAUGGUCCCCUCGGCGUUUGGGUUAUUUGCUUCUGCGUGGCGGAUGCAGAGCCGCGCGCAUGACGAUGACGGGCCGAUGGCUGGGUCCCCCUUCCGGAACGAAGCAGCAGCGACGGACGAUGGAUGGUGGAUUAAAAUAG